AUGGAUGAUAGUAAUCAUGAGUUGGUUAAUAUGUUAACUAAUCAAAUGGGUACAUUUUUUAAUCCUGUGAUACAGGAAUUUGCUGAAACAAAUAGGCAGGUGGUUAAUCAAUUGACACGCUUGUGUAACUUCAUGGGGGCACCGCCUCGACAGACGGCACAAGUGGUCAGGCAAACCAUUCCUGUUCAAGUAGAGAUAGGGGCGGCAGAAGAUGAGACAGCCCAUGAGGGACAAAUCCUUAGACCCCAAGAGAAUCUAGGCGUUGAGCUAGGAGUAGCAGGACGUAACCAGAUGGUGAAUGGUAUGAGUGCCACAUUGCAAACGCCGCUAUAUGCUUCCCCAUUGGCUGAAUUUAUUCUCCAAACCGAGGCACCUCGGGGAAUGAAAGUGCCUAAAUACACUAAGUUUGGGGGAGAAUCUGGCGAGUCGAUAAUAGAACAUAUUGCCAGAUAUUUAACAGAGUCAGGAGAUUUGGCUCACAAUGAGGGUUUGAGAGUAAAAAACUUUCCUUCCUCUUUGACUAUGGCUGCCUUCACAUGGUUCACUUCUUUGGCCAAAGUUCAAUUGAUUCGUGGGCCAACUUAG